UUUUUUUUUUUUUUUUAUAAAAAAAAAAGGAGCAUGGCCCACAGUUUAUAUGACUCCCCGCCUCCCAUAUCUAUCGAGAUUGUUUGGAUUGACAAGAGGAUAAAGAAGGUCAAGUGUUUAACAAGAGGGAAAACCAGGAAAAAGUUUUCCAACAAGUCAAUUGGUUUCAUUCUUCCUUUACGUAUCUCCGUUUCUUGCGCAAAGGCAAUCCGCACUCCACCCUGACCCGUGACCCCUGAUCGGAUUCUUGAGAGAACCAGUGUUUCGUUUCCCGGAGAAGAGCCCAAGAGUUCAACUCUGCAAAACGUGCCUCGUCCCUCUGUCCAGAGAACCGUGAUUCAAUAUGCCAGUGCAGCCAGCAAAUAAUGCGAGUGCUCCUCGGACGACUUGGCAGCAACAACUUGAGGAGCACUGCGAGGCCCAUAAACGCUCCAAGCCCCUAUUUCGCCUCUUCACCGAACGACGAGGUGGCCGCACGGCUUGGACCUGCAUCGCUACAAUCGACGGGGUGCAGUAUCCGGCUCGAUUCUGGUACGACGGCAAAUAUUCCGAUAAUGCCAUAGAGGAUGCUGCGGAAAAAGCCCUGAAUAUACUCAGUCCUCAGACAUCCCGUAACACCCGUUACCCGGGUCAAAUUCACCCUUGACGCGGGUCGCUGGGCGACACCCCUGGUUUUCUGGGUGGCUGUAACUUCUUUUCUGACGAUGCUUCGACCUUGCUGUUCAUUCCGGUUUUUCUUUCCCCCUCUCCCUUCCUUCUUCCUCUCAGUUUCGAAAACGCUCUUCGAAUUACCGCCGAUUACUCGGGUUUCGCAGACGUGUACAACAUUCCCGGCUGUCGAUCUAUGCGUUUCUGAUUUAACACAGCAGACCUUUUGGCAACACCGAGGUGGGGGGUACGAUUAGGGGCAUACAGAGUAUUUGGAUGCAGAUGCCGCGUUUCCCCUGGUGGUGUUACGACUCUGGGCACGAGAAUGCUUGCAAUUAAUUUGCCCUGCUUUACUCAACUGUCCUGUUGUAGCUUUCUUGAAUUUUUUUCCGGGUGCAAGCUUUCUCACACGAUGGCCCAGUUGACUGGUAUGUUUGGGUGUGCUGGUAUUAUUUUUCUUUCUUUCUUCUUCUUCUUCUUCUUCUUCUUUUCUUUUCGAUUAGCUUUUCUUAUCUCCCUUGUUUCCCUUGUCUAUUAUACAAACGGUCCAGGUUGCGUACGGGUAUUGUGGCACGAUUAUAUUUCACGACAGACAGACAAACAAACAGACAGACAGACAGACAGACAGACAGACAGACAGACAGACAGACAGAC